AUGGAUAGUAUUAAUAGAAACGGCCAGGCCAGCAUGGAUAGUCUCUGGGAUGAUCGGGGCAUGCCAGAUUCUUCUGGUCGCCAUCCAAAGCCCAGAUGUUCUGCCAAUGCGAGGGAACGGGACCGUACGCACAGUGUCAAUACGGCCUUCAUUACCUUGCGGACACUUAUUCCUACAGGUAAAUAUUUACUGAAUAAUUUCGGCACCAAACCUGCAGACCGCAAACUAUCCAAGAUAGAAACACUGAGAUUAGCCGCCAGUUACAUCGCUCAUCUGAGCACGGUGCUCAUGGUCGGGGCCGAAUGCUCCGAGCAGCCGUGCAUCAAACACCAAGCCAUGAUCAGGGGGCACCAGCCUGUGGAUAUGCCCAAGCCUGUGUGUACAUUCUGUUUAAGCGCUGCAAGACACAAACCGGUAAGUUACUUCACUUGUGUGCCCGUCUCUAUAGC